UCGUACCGACUCAAGCAGCAGCAUGUGGGUCCAGCUCGUCAUCGGAUCGAUCCUCGCCGCGUCCUUCGCCAUCUCGGGUCAUGCCAUCUACACCCUCGGCGGUGGGUCAGCCGUCCUCGAGGCGUUCCAGUACAAGACGCCGUCGACGUACUACGUCCACGUGGGCUUUCGAUUCGCGAUGCUUGCGCUGUAUGCGGCAGUUUUGAUUGCCGAAGCUGAGUACCUCGGGAUCAAGAUGGUGUCGUUUUACACCGUCUGGAACUUUAUUCUCCAGGGUAUCUACUACCUCUGGGCCAUCAAGUACCAGCUCGCGACGUCUGGAUCGCGUGAGAAGCCAAUCACUGUCACGCGCGAAGGCGCGCACCUCAACUCGCUCUUCAGCAUUUGCUUUGCCAACUCAUUGCUGGUCAUUGUCGUCUACUGGGGUUUUCUCUACAACCCCAACAUGCGCUGGUACAGCUACAUCCAGCACGGUGGCAAUACGCUGCUCUUUUUGAUCGAGUUUGCGCUCAACGGCUUCCUCGUGCAGGGCACGGACGUGAUCUACGUUUCGCUCUUUCCCGCCAUUUACGCCAUCUUCAUCUGGAUCAGCAACGCGACGUGGCUCAACGGGUGGUGGCCCUACCGCUUUCUUGCGAUGGAGACGCCGGUCGCGCCGCUCUGGUACAUUGGCAUCUUUCUCGGUCACUUUGUCAUGUUUGGUCUCGCACUUGCGAUUUCGUCGGCGAAAGCCAAGUACUUUCCGUCGCUCUGCCCCGUCGUCCACGCCAACAAGCUCUUUAUGAACUCGAUCAACUACGACACGAUUGCAUAAGAUAUACUUCCUCGUAAUCAUACCUUUAUAGUUGACAUUUUCAGAUGAUUUUUCAUCUAUCUAUCUAUCUAUCUAUCUAUCU